AUGCUAGUAAACAAUUCUGUUCACGAUUUUUUUGAUAAUCAUGUUGAUAACAUGACAACUAAAGCAGAAAAUAAGGAUUUUAGUGAGGUAAUGGAAAAUAUGAAGAUGGAAAGACGACGAUAA